GGCCGUGUGGGCCCAGCUCCCCCAAGGCGAUGAGGUCAAAGGAGAACCAAGGUCGGGGUGAAAGGGCUCUGGAGCAAGUUGAGGGAGGGGGGGUCAAGAUUUAAAGGUCACAGGGUGAGAGGUCAUGGGGGGGAGUCCCCCAAAGACCUGGCCCAUGAAGACGGGGGAUUUUUCCUCCAACAGCCCCCUUCCUAUGCCAAUGGUUACUCCCAGAUCCCCCCAUGCUCCAAUGGUCUCUCCCAGCAUUCCCUGACAUUGUGUGAAUGGUUUCUCCCAGGCCCCCAACCCCCCCCAUGCUCAGUGCCAAUGGUCUCUCCCGGUAGGGCGGGCAGGCCUGAGUGACAGCAUCAGGCAGCGCCUGGCUGGAAGAGACCAUCUGACCGCGCCGGAGCGGGGAGGUGCCACAGGAGCCAGACCUGCCCAGCGAUGGCGACGCCACCAGGGGUCUCCUCGGGGGAGCAAGGACCCAGCUCCCCCCUCCCAGUGGUAAAGUAACCCACCCCCCAGCGCACGGGGCCAUGAAGCGGGGUGGCCGGAAGGGCCCCCAACCCCGUUGCAGCCCUGGGCUCCCCGAAACCAAACGCCGCGGCCGAGCCCAGAGGAUGAACAAAGACGCGGAGGAGCUGGAAUCGGGGCUGCGGUGCCUGGAUCUGAGUGUGCAGGGGGCGGUGCCCGUGGGGACGGGUCUGGCCUUUGACGAGCGGCUCACAGAGUUCCAUUGUCUGUGGGAUGACAGCUUCCCUGAGCGCCCGGAGAGACUCACGGCCAUCAAGGGAAAGUUGCUGCAAUGCGGCCUUUGGGAGCGCUGUGUCCUGGUGGAGGCCCGGCUGGCUACCGAGGAAGAGAUUCUGCUAGCCCACAGCCAGGAGUACGUGGAGCUGAUGAAGUCGACCGAGCAGAUGAGCGAGCAGGAGCUCAGGGCCCUGUCGGAGACCUACGACUCCGUCUUCCUGCACCCGGAUUCAUACCGUUGCACCCGGCUGGCUAGUGGCUGCGUUCUGCGACUGAUGGAGAAGGUGCAGAGCGGAGAGCUGCGCAACGGGCUGGCGCUGGUCCGACCGCCAGGACACCACGCCCACCGAGAUAAGAUGGACGGUUACUGCAUGUUCAACCACCUGGCCAUCGGGGCUAGAUAUGCUCGGCAAAAACUGGGAGUGGAACGAGUUUUGAUCGUCGACUGGGACGUUCACCACGGGCAGGGCACCCAGUUCCUCUUCGAGGAGGAUCCCAACGUUCUUUAUUUCUCCGUCCAUCGCUAUGAGCAGGGGAGGUUCUGGCCCCACCUGCCAGCGUCCGACAGCCCCGCUGUGGGGCAGGGCCGCGGAGAGGGGUUCAAUGUCAACGUGCCGUGGAACGCGGUGGGAAUGAGGGACGGUGAUUAUCUCGCUGCAUUUUUACAUGUCUUACUGCCAGUGGCCUUUGAGUUCCAACCCCAGCUGGUUCUGGUGGCCGCCGGGUUCGACUCUGUGCUCGGGGACCCCAAGGGCGAGAUGGCUGUGUCGUCCGCGUGCUUCGCUCACCUGACUCAUCUGCUGAUGGCCCUGGCGGGCGGCAAGGUGCUGCUGGCUUUGGAGGGUGGCUACAAUCUGAACUCCCUGGCCAAGGGGGUCUGUGCAGCCCUGAGGACCCUCUUGGGGGACCCCUGUCCCCGGCUGGAGCCACCCGUUGCCCCCUGUCGCAGUGCUCUGAGCUCCGUGUCUGGGACGCUCGCGAUCCACGAGAAAUACUGGCGGAGCCUGCAGAGAGGGGAGACCAACACCCCCCCUGAGGAUGUGGAAGAGGAGUCAGCCCCCGUGGAACCCCCAGACCCUCCUGAGGUGCCACGACCCCUCCCAGCUGCCCGCACCGGCCUGGUGUAUGAUGAACGCAUGAUGGAGCAUUACAACAUGUGGGAUAGCCAGCACCCAGAGCUGCCCCAGCGGGUCUCCCGUAUCUUCCAGCGCCACGGGGAGCUCCGGCUCACGGAACGAUGCCGCCGGAUCCCGGCCCGCAGCGCUGAGGAAGAAGAGCUGAGAAUGUGCCACAGCCUGGAGUACGUGCAGACGGUGAAGGCCACGGCCAGCAUGAAGCCACGGGACCUGCACCGCCAGGGGGACCAAUACAACUCCAUCUACAUCUGCACCAGCUCCUACGAGUGCGCCCGGCUGGCGGCCGGCUCGGCCUUCAACGCCGUGCAGGCCGUGCUGGAGGGCGAGGUGCAGAACGCCGUGGCCAUUGUCCGGCCCCCCGGGCAUCACGCCGAGUCCGACACGGCCUGUGGCUUCUGCUUCUUCAAUUCGGUAGCCCUGGCAGCUCGUUUCGCUCAGCGCUUGGUGGGACGGCCCAUGAGGGUGAUGAUCCUGGACUGGGAUGUUCACCACGGCAACGGUACCCAGCACAUGUUUGAGGAAGAUCCGAGCGUGAUGUACGUCUCUCUGCACCGCUACGACCACGGCUCCUUCUUCCCCACCUCGGAGGACGCCGACGCUGACCGGGUGGGGGAGGGGCCGGGCCGUGGCUUCACCCUCAACGUGCCCUGGAACAGCCCCCACAUGGGCGACGCCGAGUACCUGGCCGCCUUCCACCGCCUGGUGCUGCCAAUUGCCUACCAGUUUGACCCAGAGCUGGUUCUGGUGUCAGCCGGGUUCGAUGCUGCCCGCGGCGACCCACUGGGGGGCUGCUUAGUGAGCCCCGAGUGUUACGCCCACAUGACCCACCUCCUGCUGGGGCUGGCGGGGGGCCGGGUCGUGCUGGUACUGGAGGGAGGCUACAACCUGGUGUCUAUCUCCGAAUCCAUGACCAUGUGCACCCGGACCCUGCUGGGGGACCCCCUGCCCGAGCUGGGGCGCCUGCGAGCUCCCCACCCCAGCGCCCUGCAGUCGCUGGCCCGGGCGAGCGCUGUGCACCGCAAAUACUGGACCUGCCUGCGACUGGAUGUGCCGAUCCAGGAGGACUCGAGGCCCCAAUCCAGGCAGCCGGGCCCCAUCCAUGAGGAUUCCCCACCAGAGGCCCCCUCGGGGGGCUCCCAGAGCCCCCCAGUCUCUGAGGGCUCAGUUGAUGACCUCCUGAGGCUGGGAGCUCUCUGCCUCAGCGAUGAGGUGGGGACGAUGAGCCCUGACUCCGCCCUGGUGGGCAGGGCUUCCCCUGGAGCUGUGGAACCUCCAGCUGCCGAGGAGUCAGAGGAACCCCCCAGCCUCCUGGAUGAAGCAGCCGCCCUGCUCCCCACCCCCUCUGUCAGCCUGGGGGUGGAGUUCGCAGACACGGGGAUGCUCUACGCCGUGACCCCUCUGCCCUGGUGCCCCCACCUGGACUCGCUCCAGCCCCUUCCCCCGGCUGGGCUGGAUGUGCUGGCUCCAUGUGAGGGAUGCGGCAGCCAGGGCGAGAACUGGGUCUGCCUGGCCUGUUACCAGGUGCUCUGCGGGCGUUACGUCAAUCAGCACAUGCUGGCUCAUGGCUCCCUUUCCGGCCACCCCCUGGUGCUGAGUUACGCUGACCUGUCCGUCUGGUGCUACGCCUGUCAAUCAUACGUCCAUCACCCAACCCUUCUGCCAGCCAAGGCCCUGGCUCACCGCAUGAAGUUCGGGACGGACCCAGCUGCUGGGCUCUGAGCCCUGCACCACAGGAAGGGGGGGAUGUUCAAAUCCCCCCCCCCGUGAUGGACGAACCUACUCUCUUAAAGGGCUACAGACAUGCCAAACAACUCACCAGCAGUAAGGAGAGACUCUCCCCCCCCUCGCCAUGUAUCCACUGGGGGUUGGUCCCACCCCACCCACGGCAUUCACUGGGGAUGGCCACCCCCAUCCACACCCCCCCCCAUCCUGUAGGGCUAGCCUCCUUGAUCUCCACCCUCGACGCAUCAGUCAAGCCUGUGUCUGCUCCAGCUCAUACCCCACUCCCCCAGCAGGCCGUGAGGAUCACAGGUAUGCAGGGGAGGUGGGUGUCGUCCUUUUCUGCUUCCCCCCUUUUCCCCCCAAUAAACCUGAGACGAGCUGUAUUAACAUCCUGGGCUCUCAGGAGCUGUUUCUUCCCCCAAGGGGGGUGGAGGCGGUGGACUCUGUGGAUCAGGUGCAAAUGGUCCCCUCCCCGCAAAGGGGAUGAAGAUAAUGGCUUCUUUAUAAACCCUGGUGUGGGUUCUGCCAGACUCCAGCGGCCAGCGGGGCGAGAGGAACACGGCCCUCCGUUUUUGUUAGUGUAGGACCUACAAUAAGUGGACUGGGGGCCAGAAUCCAUGGUCGCAAUGUGAGGUGGGAGAUCUUCCCUAUGUGGGAUGGGACGUGGGCCUUUCCCCUUAAGGGGCACCUGCCCUGGGCAGGGGACAGGCCCUCGCUGUCUUUGCUUUUCGGGUUGAUUAUUGCAAUACAAGGUUAAUGAUG